AACUCCCACUGCACUAUGUCUAUAAGGAGGAGGAGACUCCUGCUAACCUGCUCUGUAAUCAGAAGAGGAACUCUGGGCUGCACCAGAAGGCUCCAGACCAGUUACAGAUGAAAGAGGAACAAGAGGAAUCCUGCACCAGUCUGGACAAGGAGGACCCAGAGCCUCUACAGAUGAAAGAGGAACAAGAGGAACUCUGCACCAAUCUGGACAAGGAGGACCCAGAGCCUCCACAGAUGAAAGAGGAACAAGAGGAAUUCUGCACCAGUCUGGACCAGGAGGACCCAGAAUCCUCAGAGAUUAAAACGGAAAAGCUAUAUUCUUGUAGAUCAUGUGGGAAAAGUUUUUGUCGUCAGUAUCACUUGAGGCUUCACAUGAGAACUCACACAGGUAAGAAGCCGUACUCCUGUGAAACCUGUGGAAAAAGUUUCAAUGAAGGAGGUAAUUUGAAAGUCCACAUGAGAACUCACACAGGUGAGAAGCCGUACUCUUGUGAAACCUGUGGAAAAAGUUUCAGUUACUGGGGAGCUUUGAAUGUCCACAUGAGAACUCACACAGGUGAGAAACCGUACUCUUGUGAAACCUGUGGUAAAAGUUUCAGUCAAGCAUCUCAUUUGAAAGCCCACAUGAGAGCUCACAUUCUGAAUCAUCGGUGGAAGAAAUAACUUUAACAGGUUGAAUGUUUUACAGCAGUUUCAGACUGUGUUUCAACAAUAAUUGUGAGGAAAUAUGUCAGCAGUCCUUGAUGAUUAGACCAGAUGGAGUCUAGAUGGUGGUGGUGGAGCCAGGAGAAGAACCAGGCUGAACAUCUGGAUAAAUGUAGUACUGGUACAGGCUGCUGUAUUUUUGGUAUCAUCCUUCAUCCUUCAUCAGCGUAGCAGUGAUGUGAGAUAUUGUGAAGCUCUUUGGAACAUUUUCACAUCCUGCUGGAAGAACA